AUGAAUGCGGCGGCGUGGAUAAAACCACCGGAGAGCACUGCUUCGUCGUAUACCGUUAAAAACGCGAGAGUGCCUGUGGUUUUAUUAUCUUUCGCCGAGGAUAAUGGGACAAAAACCGAUGAUGUUCUGAAUUCAGUUUCGUCCUCGAAAGGCACUCCAGAAGUCGCUUUCCGAACAACGAACCCAUCUGGAGAUAGAGAUGGAUUGGUUUUGGUAGACAUAACUGUCAAAGACGGGAUAAUCGCACGAAUUAAGCCUUCUUCAGAAGGAGAAGAAGAAGAAGAAGAAGGAACCGUCCUCGACGCGAAGAAAGGGGUGUGCAUGCCCACCUUUUGCGAUAUCCACACUCAUGUGGAUAAAUCGCACACGUGCGAACGAAGUCGAAACGAAUCGGGAUCUUUAGCCGGUGCGGACAAGUCCUGUCAAAUCGAUGAAAUACACUGGACGGAAGAAGAACUCAUGGCGAGAAUGGAAUUUUCUCUAAAGACAGCGUACGCGCACGGCACGUCCGCUAUUCGAACUCAUUUGAUGUCUGGUCCGACUCAAGGCGCGCUGACUUGGCCGGCGUUUAUGAAACUUCGAGAAAAAUGGAAAGGACGAAUAGAACUACAAGGGGUCUCGUUAUCAAUUUUGAGCUUUUUCAAAGACGAACACUCUAGUAGAAAUCUAGCUCGGACGGUUAAAGCGCACAAAGGGAUUUUAGGUGCCGCUGUGUCGUGUUCUGACUACGGAGGGACAGAUUUGGAUCCCCACACGACGUGCGGGGACGAGAUACACGCUUUGCUCGAUAAAGUGUUCCAACUCGCAAUAGAAUUUGAACUUGACUUAGAUUUUCACGUCGAUGAAAACGGUAACGAAGAGUCGAAAGGUUUGUUGCACAUAUCUGACGCAGCGAUUAGAAACAAUUACAAAGGACAGAUCGUUUGCGGGCAUUGUUGUUCUUUAGCGGCGCAAACCGCCGAGAAUUUGGAAAUCAUGUUACAAGCCGCAAAGAGAGCCAAUAUUACCAUCGUUAGUCUACCUAUGGUAAAUCAAUGGCUUCAAAAUAGGUGUGAACUAGGAGAAAAAACGCCGAGACGUCGUGGAAUUCCUCUUUUGAAGGAGAUUACCACAAGAAAUAUUCCAGUAUGUUUAGCGAGCGAUAACAUCAGAGAUCAGUUUUACGGAUACGGGGACUUGGAUAUGCUCGAAGUUUUUCGUCUCAGCGUCUUCAUUGCCCAUUUAGACCGUCCUUCUCUUGGGGACUGGCCUAAAGCUGUCACGACAACGCCUGCACAGGCGAUGGGAAUAGGUGAAACUCACGGAUUGCUAAAAGAAGGCGGUCCGGCAAACUUUGUGAUCUUUCGCGGUCGACAAUACUCUGAGUUGUUUUCGAGAUCUCAACACGAUAGACUCGUCGUGCGUAACGGAAAAUGGAUUGCAACUACUGUGCCCAAUUACGACGAGCUCGAUCCAAUCUUAGAUCACCACGCGUUGAGCAAAACUCAACCAUUAAUAGGAAGCAACGAUAGUAAAGAAAAUAGAAAGACAAUAGUUUAG